AUGUCCUACUACGUACAGCCUCUAACAGGCCUCGCAAGCACAGUGAAGUGGACCAAUAUUCCCUGGGGAUUGACAAUCUACCGCACAACAUACACCCCAUUCUCCGAGGAGCACUUCCCACAAACCAUCGAGCUCAUCCAUACCCUCCUCAAAGCGAACCUGGACGAAUGGAAAGACUGCCACAACGACGGACCCGAACAGCGCGCCGCGAAGAAGACGCUCUUGGAAAACUACCAGCCCAUCGUCAUAAACGACAAGGGCCAAUUCGACGGGAUGGCGCUGCCGGAUAUCCGGGCGCAUUAUGCGACGUACCUUAACACACCCGAGGGCGAGCGGCCCUACACGAACGAGAGCAUGUUCGUCGUGAUUGACGACGAGGGCCUCGCGAUUCUAGCGGGCACCGACGCAACGAAGCUGCUUGCGUCCGAUGACUCUGUAAGAGAUGCCCGCAGGUACUGGGUUCGGGCGGUGGACUCUAAGCUGGAAUAUGAAGGGGAUGAGGAGGAUGAAGACGAGGAAGAGGAGGACGACGACGAUGAUGAUGACGAAGGCUGGAUCAAGUGCUCGGUUUACCGGCUGUGGAGUUUGUGGGUUGAUAUGGAUGGGUCGAGGCCGAUUACAGCUUGGCGUGCUUGGGGUGCUAUGGAUCCCAAUGGGCCUUAUUGUGGGUGA